AUGUCUGAAACUCAACGGCCGAGCGCCGUGAGGGCAGACACUUUCGAAAAUCCGGUCCUGAGCGAAGAGAACCGCCUCCAACCCGUCACGCCAACCAUUAGUCACGAUAACGACGUCGCCGUGCCACCUACAGCCAACUUGCACGGCAUCUCCCGGAAUACCCCUCAACAUAUCCUCGAGGCUAUAGGAGCCGCUGGAGAUUCCCAAGGCUCUUCUCCAACGGCCACCCGUGCCGUUCACCCCGCAGAGGAACUUCUUCGGCAUAUGAGCCUCUCCGACGCCCAGCCAAGACCGAGUUUCGAGGACGUGGACCCGCGCUCUGCUCAUCCAGGCUUGACCUUGAGUGGGAAUGUGAUCAGUGCCGCCUUCUGCGUCCCCUACAAGAUCGGAUACACGAGCGACGGAGAAUGGGAGCUUCACCAACGUAGAGGCACUUCGGCGCUCUUCGACUCGUUCUCUUACCUUUCUUCGCCCGAGUCGCCUUGGAACCACACGCUUGUUGGCUGGACAGGAGAAAUCGACCGUGCUGCGAGACGCCAUGCAAGUGGCAACUCGGCUGGCACCCAUGGGAUGAGUUCGAUGGACUCGGUCCCCGUAAACAAGGCCGCCGCACCCAUUCCGCCCAACCGCGGAGAGAAACCAGUGCCCCCGACCGAUAUCUCAGAGUUACAAAUUCCGUUGGCGGAUCGGCUCAAGCUCGAGAAACGACUGGAGAAAGACCAUGGGGGCCGAGUCGCGCCGGUCUGGCUGUGGGAUGAAAUCGACGAUAACGAGAUCGCCACCUUCCGCAGCCAGCAGAGAUGGCGGCGCUACGGUGAACAUGAGCUGUUCACCCUGUUCCACUACAAGCAAAACGCACCAACUGACGGCCGAGCUGUGAGAAGGUCUUGGGCAGACUACUACUGCAUGAACAAGGCCUUUGCGGACGCAAUUAUCAACAUCUACAAGCCUGGAGACAUUAUCCUCAUCCACGACUACCAGCUUCUCCUAUUGCCCAGUCUUCUCCGUCAGCGGCUCCCGAACAUCUAUGUUGGCUUCUUCUUGCAUGUUCCAUUCCCGAGUAGCGAGUACUAUCGCUGUCUGACUCGUCGGAAGGAAAUUUUGGAAGGUGUUCUUGGAGCCAACAUGAUCGGAUUCCAAAUAUACAGUUACGCUCGUCACUUCUCCUCAUGCUGCACACGUAUCUUAGGCUUCGAUUCUUCCUCAGCUGGAGUCGACGCAUAUGGUGCCCAUGUGCCCGUCGAUGUGUUUCCAAUCGGCAUCAACGCAGAAACAACCAUCGAGGCAGCUUUCAACUCUUCGGGCGUUGACGAGAAGAUAGAGGCGCUACGCGAACUCUAUGCAGGCAAGAAGGUGAUUGUGGGACGUGACCGCUUGGACACGGUGCGCGGGGUGGCACAGAAGCUGCAAGCCUUCGAAAUUUUCUUGGAGCGACACCCCGAGUGGCACGACAAGGUCGUCCUCAUUCAAGUUACAAGCCCGACCAGCAUUGAGGAGCGUGACGACAAAGGUGACAAGACCGCGAACAAGAUUUCUGAGCUCGUCGCAAGAAUCAAUGGCUCAUUCGGCUCAUUGAGCUCAACACCCGUGCAACAUUAUCCGCAAUACCUGUCUGAGGAGGAAUAUUUCGCACUCCUCCGCAUCGCAGAUGUUGGUCUGAUCACCAGCGUACGGGAUGGUAUGAACACAACCGCUCUUGAAUAUGUCAUUUGCCAGCGCGACAACCAUGGUCCACUCAUCAUUUCUGAAUUCUCGGGAACUGCGGGCAGCUUGGGAGACGCAAUUCACAUCAACCCUUGGGAUCUAGGAGGCACUGCAGACGAAAUCCAUACGGCUCUCACCAUGUCCGAAGGCGAAAAGCACCAGAAGCAUGAGAUGCUCUAUAGCCACGUUACGACUAACACUGUCCAAGCGUGGACGGACAACUACGUCAAACGGCUCCUCACCAAUCUCGCUUCCUACGACCAGUCCAUCGCAACACCCGUACUUGACCGAGCUCAGCUUUUGUCUCAAUAUCGCGCUGCUUCGCGUCGCUUGUUCAUGUUUGACUACGACGGCACAUUGACGCCAAUUGUGAAAGACCCACAGGCGGCCAUUCCUUCUGAUAGAGUCAUUAGAACGCUGAAGACGUUGGCAUCUGACCCGCACAAUCAGGUUUGGAUUAUCUCAGGUCGAGAUCAGGCGUUCCUGGAAGAGUGGAUGGGCCACAUCACCGAGCUGGGCUUGUCCGCCGAGCACGGCUCCUUCAUGCGGCCUCCCAACUCUGGCUUCUGGGAGAAUCUCACGGAGACUCUGGACAUGUCAUGGCAGAACGAGGUGAUGAAGGUCUUCAACCACUACUCUGAGCGGACACAGGGAAGUUUCAUCGAGAGGAAGAAGAUUGCCCUGACAUGGCACUACCGCAGAGCGGAUCCCGAAUAUGGAGCUUUCAUGGCUCGAGAGUGCCAGAAGCAUUUGGAAGCUACAGUGGCGAAGAAGUGGGACGUUGAAGUCAUGACUGGCAAGGCGAACCUGGAAGUACGACCACGCUUUGUAAACAAGGGCGAGAUUGCGAAGCGGUUGGUGCGCGAGUAUGGUGAAGCCGCACACGAGGCACCAGACUUCGUGCUCUGCCUUGGUGAUGACUUCACGGACGAAGGUACUACCUCUCCCGAGUUCCCUCGCUGUGAUCAUCGGAAAGCUGACUCUUUUCUAGACAUGUUCCGCACCCUGCGCACGUCCAAACUCCCCGAAGAACACCGCUUCACCGUCACCGUCGGCGCCAAAACCAAGCAGACGCUCGCGACCUGGCACCUGCUCGAACCGGCCGACGUGAUCUCCGUCAUCGCUCUGCUCAACGGCUCUGCGGAUGCUGGGAAUGCCGGCGCGAUUGCUGUGCUCGACGGUACGGUGCCUGAUUCGCGGCAAUAG